AAGCCUUUUCAGUAACAUAAACCCGCUAUAGACUUUCGCAAUGCCACAAACCAUCCAACUCAAGGCGCCAAAUGGGAAACAGUGGGAGCAACCGACAGGCCUCUUCAUUGACAAUGAGUUUGUAGAUUCUUCGUCCCCUUCGAAUACGAUAUCGUCAAUAGACCCUGCUACUGAGAAGGAGAUUGCUGUAGUCCAAGCUGCGACUGCGGAAGAUGUUGAUCGUGCAGUCCAGGCUGCGAAGAAAGCACUCCAGAAUCCAGAAUGGAAGUACAUCGAUGUUAGUGAACGCGGAAGGCUCAUAGCGAAGUUGGCAGACUUGGUCGAGGAGAACAAGGAGCUUCUUGCGACGGUCGAUGCCUGGGAUAAUGGCAAGCCAUACAAUAACGCCCUCAAUGAGGAUCUCCCUGAAGCGUUUUCCGUCCUCCGCUACUAUGCUGGCUGGGCGGAUAAGAUCUCUGGCCAAACCGUUAGUACCACACGCCAGAAGUUUGCAUAUACAAUCCGCCAGCCCAUUGGUGUUGUCGCCCAAGUCAUUCCUUGGAACUAUCCCUUGUCCAUGGCAUGCUGGAAAAUCGGCCCUGCUCUUGCUUGCGGAAAUACUGUGGUACUCAAAGCCGCCGAACAAACACCUCUGUCAAUUCUCGUCUUAGCCAGCCUCAUUAAGCAAGUUGGGUUUCCACCGGGCGUGGUGAAUAUCUUGAAUGGCCUAGGAAAGGAAGCAGGCGCGGCAUUAGUACAGCAUCCGUUGGUCGAUAAGGUUUCGUUUACCGGCUCUACAGCUACGGCUACUCAAAUCAUGAAGAUGGCUGCAGUAGGACUGAAGAAUAUUACCCUAGAGACGGGCGGUAAGUCUCCGUUGCUCGUCUUCGAUGACGCCGACAUGGAGCAGGCGGUACGAUGGUCUCAUAUUGGUAUCAUGUCGAACCAAGGUCAGAUCUGCACUGCUACGUCAAGGAUUCUAGUCCAGGAGUCAAUCUACGAAACCUUCCUCGCUCAGUUCCGGCAGCAGGUCAAAGAGGUAUCCGUCAUUGGCGACCAGUGGAGCGAGUCUACCUUCCAGGGCCCUCAAGUGACCAAGCAGCAGUACGAACGGGUGCUCUCGUACGUCGACAUUGGCAAGUCCGAAGGCGCGGAGCUACUCGAGGGCGGUGAAGCCUGCAGCGGUGAAGGCUACUUCGUCAAGCCCACCAUCUUCACCAAGGUGUCGCCCAAUAUGCGCAUCUACCGCGAAGAAAUAUUCGGACCUAUUGUCGUUAUUGCAACGUUCAAGGACGAAGAGCAAGCCAUUGCCAUGGCCAAUGACUCGACAUAUGGUCUCGGCAGCGCCAUCUUUACCCGGGACCUCGAGCGUGCGCAUAGAGUGGCAGCCGAGAUUGAAGCCGGCACCGUGUGGGUGAAUAGCAGUCAGGAUGUUGACUUCAGAGUCCCCUUUGGCGGCGUCAAGCACAGCGGUAUUGGGCGCGAGCUCGGCGAGGCUGGACUCGAUGCUUACUCCCAGGUCAAAGCCGUGCAUAUUAAUAUGGGUACUAAGCUCUAAGGGUUUCUUGAAUCGAUGCAGUGUGAUUCGGAGUCAAUGGGAUGGAGGUGUGAAAUGGUGUGCAUAUGAUCUAUGAUGUGUGGGCUUGAUAACGCAUUGUUGCGAGCGAUGUUGGAACAAGGUACCAUGCAGAUUGAUGUCAUGUCUUAGAUGCAGUCCUUGGCUCAAUGUUAGUGGUCAUCUUUUCUAUUUUUUAUUUUUUUGCCACUUUAUUAAAUCCCGUCUGACAGUGAUCUCUCACACCUUGGAGACUUUUCCUUUUUCAGCACUACACUCCGUGUAAGAACGUGCUCAUUUCGUACUUUUAGUUCGUCUCUCUUCUGUCUCUAUUCUUGGCCACAUAAAGUCAUAAUCAGUUCAUCGCUGACGCCGGCGAUAUGCGGGU